UCUAGUUGUUAUUGUGAAACCAGGUAACUUGAAUGUCAUGCGCGCUGGUCGCCACCUACCGUGAUUUACAUUAGCAUGUUUGGUACAGUAUUGUAGAAUUUUUGUUGAUUUUUGUAUUCCUGGCAGACUUUAACCAAACUGCCAAAGAGAGUGACGACAAGCAAGCUGUGUCUGUAUUUUAAUAUGGUAAUGAAAGGAAAGGGCAAGCAAAGUAAUUCCGACGAUGAAUCAAAUGAUUUGGAUGCGACUUGCAAUGCAGUCGCCGAGGAAAAUGUUGAUACUCCCGAUGCUGGUUCAUCGGUGACCCACGGCGAAGAGCCAAACACCGCCUUGAGACGGAAAGUUGAACAGCUCGAUAAAGUGAUGAGAAUUGUACACAAGAUGAAGAAGAGCAGGGAUUGGAAAUGCGAUUCGACGAAACCUGCCAGAGAAAUUAAGCAACGAUGUUCCUGCAACUUCAAGACGAUCAAAUGCGUCGUCUUCAACGACGAAGACGGCGUUCAAAUAUUCAAUAAGUUCUGGCGAAUGGAUUGGGCGAAGAGGAAAGAGUUCGUAGAGAGCUCGAUCAUUCAGAAAACCACAGCCAGACCUCGAGGCAAAAGCAACAUGUCCAGACGGAGCUUUUCCUUUGAAUACUAUUUACCAAAAGACGACGAUGAAUUGCGUGUUUGUAAGAACAUGUUCAUCAGCACACUUGCAGGGGCGCAUCUGAAUUUCAAUAAAAACUCUAAUGAUCCUAGCUGUAAUUCAAGCUGUAACAUUCCCGAUACCAGCUCUUUUGUGUCUGACGAUAGGCCUUCGAGGAGGAAACGACAAUCUGUCCAUGAAUUAUGGGACGUUAAUAAAAUGAAGAAAGCCCGUGAACACGGUUUGGAGUACAUCGGUAAACGGAAGAUCAACGGGAAGUGGAAAUUCGAUCCGAAACCUCCGAGAGAGAUGAAACCGCGCUGCUCGUGCAGCUCGCUCAAAAAGACUGUUAAAUGCGCCGACUUUGACGAGGAGGACAGAAUAGGAAUUUUCAAUAGAUUCUGGAGCAUGAAUUGGGGCGAGAAAAAAGUGUUUGUAGAUCUACUGAUGGUGCAGAAGAGGACAGCAAAGCCACGAGAAAGAGACGAGUCCAACGUUUCCAGGCGUAGCUAUUCAUUUGAGUACUAUUUACCCAAAGGCGACGAACAUCUUAGGGUUUGCAAAACGAUGUUCAUCAACACCUUGGCCGCAGGUUCGUGGAUGGCCGGCAAUUGGAAGAAGAAGUUAAGUUCCGCUUCCAAUGAUACAUCUUCUGAUCAGGAGGGACAAUUCGAUUGCAGCAUGGACGAUAUGGACAACCAUCGUACGGAAGUACAGCUUUUAGAAUGCAAAGAGUUCUUCAAUACGCUCGAAAAGGUGGACUCGCAUUACUGCAGGGACGGAACGAUAAAGUUAUAUUUGGAGCCCAAGUGGAAAUCCAAAGAAAGCUUGUACGAAUCAUACAGGGAUGACUGGUGUCUGCUCAAAGAUGCCGAUCCUGCGUCCUCUUCUAUAUUCGAGAAUGUUUUUGAAGACGAAAAUUUGAGCCUGUUCCAGGUGAACACUGAUGAAUGUGAUAUUUGCGAGGGUUUGGAGGAAGAUGAGAUGCGAAGGGAAAAGGAAAACGACGUGUUGAUGAACGUCGAAUGCAUCUGCAUCUUGGAGGAAUAAAGUUAACAGCAACAGUUUAAACACAAGACUAUUGGAAUGCUUCAAGUGCUGAUUGUUCACUCUGUAUUUAUAUAUUCCGUUUGUGGUUUCCAGUUGCACCUAUUCUUAUAAAACGUAAUAUUUUGAAUAGAAUUUUAGAAAGUCGUUACUUUUUGU